UGUGAAAAAGGAGAAGCAAGAAAUUGAAGUCCCAAUGACACAGUCCUCAUAAUCUCAUCAUUGUCACGUCGCUAUUAAGUAUCCAUCUCCCAAAAAAACCUCCCAGAAUUUCACGCCUCUAAAUAAAUUUCACCGUUGUAUAUAGUAGGAGUAUUAGUAUGGUCAACCUACCUAUUCUUGUUUGUUGUUUCUUAAUUUUCUCUCUCAUUAAUCUGCAAACCUCUCCCUUUGUUUCCUCGUCAAGUCUCCAUCUCUGAGCCUCCCAAACCCUAUUUGUCUACAUUUUUUCUUGAGAUAACACAAUUCACAUUCCCAUUCCAAUUCCAAUUCUACUGUAUAUAUACACAUACAUAUAGCAAUACUAAUGUGGACGAUUGCGAUGGAUAGUAAUAGCACCAAGAAGCUCCGCCCUCUGAUGCCGCGCCCAAUCUAUUCAUCUUCUUCUUCUUCCUCUUGCUGCUGCCUACCAAACCCUAAUAUCUGGAACAACUCCUUAAGUGAUCAUCACCACAAGAGAGAGAUGUCGACGGCGGCGCCGCUGGUGAGCACGAGGUGGAACCCUACGCCGGAGCAACUGCAGGCGCUUGAGGAAAUGUACAGGCGCGGAAUUCGAACUCCGUCGGCGGAGCAGAUUCAGCAGAUCGCAGCCAAACUCCGACGGUUCGGGAAAAUCGAAGGCAAAAACGUUUUCUACUGGUUUCAAAACCACAAGGCUAGAGAGCGACAGAAGAAACGUCGUCAGCUUGAGCUUCAUCUCGCCGCCAAAAAACCCCCACCUGGAGUGAGCAGGAGAUAUACGGAAAUUGAGCAACACGGGAAGGUCCCUAUAGGCUCAAACUGUAGCACACCUUCAGAGGAUUCUGCAUCAAUGCAUGGCGCAGUGAUUGCUGCAGGCAGUGGAAAAGAUGGAUGGAAGAAGCACAAAGAAUUGGAAUUGAAUUGGCAACUGGAUUUGGAUUUGGAUUUGGAUUUGUCUAAUUCUUCAUCUUCUUCUACUGGACAAGAGAACACCAAACCCUAUUAUCCCUAUCACCACCAAACUACUACACUUCACCUCUUUCCCAGCCCACAACAAGAAACCACCCUUCUUCACCUUCCUCAUGCUUUAACCAAGCCUUCUAACUUCAUCGAGUUUCUUCCUAUUAAGAACUGAAUCCUUAAUUCACUCUGCUGCAACUCUCUCUUCUACCUAGUGUGUCUUGUAUAUGUAACAUUAAUUCUACUCAUUUCUAGAUUACCUACCAAUAUGUACCAUCUUAAUUAGCUUUCAUUUACUUACCUACUAUA